AUGGUUGUCAAUGGUAUAGAAUACAAAGAUAAGAUACUUUAUCACCCCGACCAGUGGCUCCUUCCGAAAGCUCAUAUACCAGACAUCGAAACGUACAAACGGAUGCACAAAAAAUCAGUUGAAAACCCAGAAGAAUUCUGGGGUGAGCUUGUGCAAGAGUUUUACUGGAACAGCCCUCCCACAGGUGCAAUCCUAGAUUAUAAUUUUGAUGUGACAAAGGGGAACGUGUACGUGAAUUUCAUGAAGGGAGCAACCACAAACAUCUGCUACAAUCUUCUGGAUAGAAAAACACAAGAAACUGAUCAGGGAGACAAAAUAGCUUAUUACUGGGAAGGGAAUGAACCUCAUGACUGCUCCACCAUCACCUACUCCCAGCUCUUAACAGAAGUCUGCAAGUUUGCCAAUGUCCUGCGGAGUUUAGGUGUGCAGAAAGGAGACAGAGUUGCCAUAUAUUUACCAGUGAUCCCAGAACUGAUAUACGCAAUGCUGGCCUGUGCAAGGAUAGGAGUCGUCCACUCUAUCGUGUUUGCAGGUUUCUCAGCGGAAUCUCUGUGUGACAGAAUAUUAGAUUCCCAAUGCAUAUUACUGGUUACUGCAGAUGGUUUUUACAGAGGAGAGAAGCUGAUCAACCUGAAGCAGAUCGCAGAUGAUGCGUUGGAGAAGUGUAAAUGCAAAAAGGGCUUUGUUGUGAAAAGGUGCAUUGUGGUUCAACACCUUGGCAACAAGCUAAGGAAGAGCCGGGGAAAAACCCACUGUAACAUACUGCAGCUAUUCUGGAACUCUGAGACUGAUAUGUGCUGGGAAUUUCUGAUGAAGGACGCCAGUGAGCAGUGUGAGCCAGAAUGGGUUGAUGCUGAACAUCCUCUUUUCAUUCUUUAUACCAGUGGGUCUACUGGGAAGCCCAAGGGUGUAAUGCACACUGUGGCAGGCUACUUAAUGUACACAGCAAUCGGCUUUAAAUACAUCUUUGACUAUCACGAUGACGAUGUGUACUGGUGCACGGCAGACAUUGGAUGGAUUACGGGACACUCAUAUGUCAUCUAUGGACCACUGGCAAAUGGUGCAACAAGUGUACUUUUUGAGGGUCUGCUGCUUUAUCCGCAUGUGGGGAGGUUGUACGAAAUGAUUGAAAAGUACAAAGUGACGAAGCUCUACACGGCGCCCACUGUCAUUAGAAUGCUGAUGAAGUUCGGCGAAGAACCCGUGAGAAAGUUCAACCUCAAGUCUUUGAAGAUUUUGGGCUGUGCUGGAGAACCCAUUAACCCUGAAGCUUGGACAUGGUAUUAUAACGUCAUUGGCAAUAGGCAGUGUCCCAUCAUGGACACCUUUUGGCAGACUGAAACGGGUGGUCCAAUGAUGACACCGCUGCCCGCAGUAACCCCGCUGAAACCAGGAUCUGCUACAUUCCCCUUCUUUGGGGUACUCCCUGCCAUUCUGAAUGAACGUGGUGAGGAGUUGCAGGCAGAAGCUGAAGGAUACUUGGCAUUCAAGCAGCCGUGGCCAUCCAUACUACGCACAGUGUAUGGAGACAAUGAACGUUUUGAGACAACUUACUUCAAACGGUUCCCAGGAUUUUACCUGACUGGAGACAGUUGCAGGAGAGAUGGAGACGGCUAUUACUGGAUCACUGGAAGGGUAGACGAUAUGCUCAACGUCUCAGGUCAUCUGCUGAGUAGUGCUGAGGUGGAAUCAGCCCUGUCCGAACACAGUGCAGUGGCAGAGGUUGCUGUGGUGAGCCACCCACACCCUGUGAAAGGGGAAUGUAUCUACUGUUUUGUCACCCUGAAGGAUGGAAGGGAAUUGACCAAGUCCAUUUCAGAUGAACUGAAAAGCAAAGUGCGGCAAAAGAUUGGACCAAUUGCCACGCCUGACUUCAUACAGAAUGCACCUGGGCUCCCAAAAACCCGUUCAGGUAAAAUAAUGAGACGCAUUCUGAGGCGCAUUGCUUGCAACGAGAAGGAACUGGGUGAUGUUUCCACUCUUAUUGAUCCAUCGGUGGUGGAUCUCCUCUUCAGCCAGAGAGGUCAAGCAGCUGCUUGAAGCGAUGUAUGGCCUUGUCCAAGACUCAGUUCCAGUAAAAAGCCACAUUUAAAGCAAGGCCAGUCACUGCAGUUACACAAAUGUUCUCGCUAGGUUGUCCACAUUAAAAUACAUUUUCUCAUAAAGAAAUUCCUUUGUCUAAAUGGCCUUACAAUGAAUAAUUACUUUCCUAAAUAAUCUCUAUUUAAACUGGCAUGUUAUUGUUCACUUUUGUGUGAGAAUUUCCUGCCAUGGGUCCUCACAUUAACAUCUAGUUUGAUCUUACACCUUUUUUCCUGUUUGCACAAUAAAGGUAUGGCAUGGAGGCUUAUGCAUCUUGAACCCAAGGAAGAACCAGGGUCGUUAGGAAGGGAAAACAGUGGAUGAGGAAAAUAUCAAAUAGUCAUAGUUUCAUGCCGAACAUUCAAGGUUGAUUGUCUAUAUAUAUUUCUGAGAUUGAUUAAAGCAGGAAAAGUUUUCAUACACCCUUCCUAAACUUCUCCAUCUAUUUACUUCUCUCUCUUCUUUGAUAUUAAACAUAAUACCCAUCACUCUGGUCUGAAUAUUUACAGCAUUUUCUGUUUUUAUCUCUGGCCAGGGUUUGCUUAUCUGCCCUAUGUUGGUUCAGUGUAAAAUUUAAUUUGAUAACGUGAUUUGAUUUGGGAUGUUUUUCUUUACUAUAUUAGUUGUACUUGGUAUGCCUCACAGAUACUGCAGUCAUUUAUCUAACAAUGAAGACCCAUGUUUAUGUAUCAUAACAUUUGGUGGAGUAGUGUUUUAUUAAUAAAUGACUAAUUCUCAUAAUUAAUAGAAAUAAUCUUUCAGUAAACAAGCUGCUUGAUUGAAUAAGCUCACUGAUUUAAAUAAGUUUUCUCUAUUGACUGAUCUUUAGUUCCUUACAUAUUUUAUGCAUUGUUAGUAAACUUACUUAUUUGGAUCUUUCAUCUUCUUCAUUCUACUUCUCCCUUUAAGGAGAAGGUUUCUCUUAGACUGUUUGAAAAUUAUCUCACCAAUUGAACAUCUUCUGGGUUAUGAGACUUCUUUCCAUGAACUGGCAAUCUGAAGACACCCGUUCUUUCCAGGCUUUUGCCUUUCCUCCCCUGUAGUGCAAAGCUUAGACUUAGAAUCAGCAAAGAAAGGCACAGGAGGCAUUUCCACCUUAUGAAUCUACAGAGAAAUCACUAACUCUUGCCCAGAGCGCAUCACACGGAAACUCUAGUGUCUUUUUUUCAUUUCCUUCAGACCAUUUGCAUCCAAUUUUCCCAAUGCAUUUGCUGAUGUUAUGACAGUGAGUCUGCCUCAUUAUUCCCAAACCUGAAAAUGUAUUUGCUUUUGGCAAUACCAAUUUAAAUAUUUAAUAUUUACAUUUUAAAGUGAUUACUCAUUUACAGUACGUUGUAUUUUUAA